AUGGCGGACCCCGGGGUGUGCAGCUUCAUCACCAAGAUCCUGUGCGCCCACGGGGGGCGCAUGGCCCUGGAAGAGCUGCUCCGCGAGAUGCAGCUCUCCGAGGCGCAGCUCUGCGAGGUGCUGGAGGAGGCCGGGCCCGACCGCUUCGUGGUGUUGGAGAUGGGCGGCAAGGAAGGGGUCACCCGGUCCGUGGUGGCCACCACUCGAGCCCGGGUCUGCCGUCGCAAGUACUGCAACAAACCCUGCGGGAACCUGCAUCUCUGCAAGCUCAACCUGCUGGGCCGGUGCCACUAUUCGCAGUCGGAGCGGAAUUUAUGCAAAUAUUCUCACGAGGUUCUCUCAGAAGAUAACUUCAGGGUCCUGACAAACCAUGGGCUCUCUGGACUGAACCAAGAGGAAUUAGCUGUGCUCCUUCUCCAGAGUGACCCUUUUUUUAUGCCCGAGAUAUGCAAGAAUUAUAAGGGCGAGGGUGGAAGACAGGUUUGUAACCAGCAGCCCCCGUGUGAAAGACUCCACGUCUGUGAACACUUUACCCGAGGGAACUGUGGUUAUGCCAACUGCUUCCGGUCCCAUAACCUGAUGGACAGAAAGGUGCUGGCCGUCAUGAGGGAGCAUGGCCUGAGCUCAAGCGUGGUACAGAACAUCCAAGACAUCUGCAAUAGCAGGCACCGCCGGAAGAAGCCCUCAGCGUGGAGAGCUCCUCCUCCCCAUCGUAGAGACCCGGCCUACAGAGGGAGGAGUAGGAGCAGAGACCGGGGCAGCGAGGAAUUUCAUCCAGCAGCUUCAGCUCCUGCCCAGAGGUCCUGCCCACCCAGCCCAAAGCCUGCCGGCCACCGCGGCUCUAUCCCGAGUGAUGGGCCUGUCGAGGAUCUUGCCCACAAAUUCUCACAUCUGGGAAGUCAGGAGUGCCCCCCACCUGCCUCUGUCCCGUCUGCAGCUGCCAGUCUUGGAGGAACCAGUCAAGGAGGAGGAAGCCAGAGUCUUGCAGAGAACGGCAGUGCAAAGGAUCUUCUCUAUGGGAAUCACAGCCAUGGUUUCUUCAAUAUUGAUGUGAAACCAGCCUUCAAAUGGGGGCUCCCUGCAUCCUGGCAGAAUGACCAGGACACCGGUAAAAAGAGUUGGAUUUCCCCCAGUCCAGCCUUCUCCUUCUCUCCUGGUUCUCUGCAAACACCUGAAACCAUCACCACCAGAAAGAGCACUGCUGUCCUUUCCUCGGACCAUGUGAACGCGGAGCGCAGAAGUGGGAAUCAAGAUGGCCAGCAUUUCCCACUUUUUAAUAAUAACACUGAUGGCAUGGCCGUAGAUACCACUUCCACGAGACUGGCGAACUACCAAACCCCAAGCAGUAGACAGAGAGAAAAAUCGUUACCUGGGAAUCCGGACACUGGAACACCUCGGAGUCAUCUGCCCACCGCUGGCAAGAUGACUGGGGAUGCAGCCGCAGCCUUUGUUAAUGAUUCUGUACCUGACGUUGCGAGUCCCACAUCUUCCACGAUGAAUGAACACAGCUCAAACGAAAUUUGUCUUGACCAUCUGUAUAAGGGUUGUCAACUUAAGAGCUGCAACAAAGUUCAUUUCCACCUGCCCUACCGGUGGCAGAUGUUUCUUGCCAACAGCUGGAUGGACCUUCCAUUCAUGGAGGAUAUUGAGAAGGCCUUUUGUGACCCCAAAAACUGCAGCGUUUCUGUUGGCAAUUAUAACAUCAGUUUCCAGAAGAUGAUUUGUGAUCUUAAUCCUGUCCGACGUAUCUCCACACCUUCAUCCGUCACAAAGCUGGCCAGUUCUCUCUUUACCACAAAAUGGAUUUGGUAUUGGAGGGAUGGAACUGACAAAUGGGUUCCAUAUGGGGAGAAGAGAGACAAUGAGCAGGUUCCAAACAUUGACUCUUCAUACCUGGAGUCUCUUUUUCUAUCCUGUCCGAGGGGAGUUGUGCCGUUUCAGGCGGGGUCACAAAACUACGAGCUGAGUUUCCAAGGGAUGAUUCAGACAAACAUAGUUUCCAAGACCCAAAAGGAUGUCAUAAGAAGGCCAACGUUUGUGUCUUACUGGGAUGUGGAGCAGGCAAAACGCGGACAAGACCAUCCGCAGGGGCAGACCUCGUCAGAACCUUACAUCAAGAUAUAUCUUCCCAAACCGGACACAAGCGUCUCAUUCUCAAAUGACUUUGAGUUGAUUGAAAUCCAUAACAAUACUCCAGAAUAUGUUGAAGUAAGUGAUCAUUUUAAAGCUUCCAUGAGAAAUUUCAGGAUUGAAAAGAUAAAGAAGGUCCAGAACCUACAGCUCUUGAAGGCUUUUGAAAGCAAGAAAAAGGAGAUGAAGAGAGACGAGCAAAUCCUAUUUUGUGCAGCAAGACGCAGCAAUGUGAUGUCUAUCUGUAAGAAUAAUUUUGACUGGCUCUCACAUGGAAGUCAUGAUGCCAAAUAUGGAAAAGGAAUCUACUUCACAAAAGAUGCCAUUAGUUCCCAUAAAAAUUGCCCGUUUGAUUCCAAAAACAUCGUUAUGUUUGUAGCCCGAGUCCUGGUUGGAAAUUUCAUUGAAGGCCAUAUGAGUUACCAGAAUCCCCCUCCGCGGUAUGACAGCUGUGUGGAUACAAGAUUGAAUCCCUCUGUUUUUGUCAUCUUUCAGAAAGAUCAGAUUUACCCAGAAUAUGUGAUUGAAUAUACCGAAACAGAGAAACCCUGCGUGAUUAGUUAG